GGCCCAGGCCGACUGGGCCCCCGGGCGCCCGACCCGCGCGGCGGCGGCCGCGGCCCCGCUCGGCGGCCGCUGCCAUGCGGCGCCCGCCGCCCGUGCAGAGCCAAGCCACGGCUGGCUUCGCGUCGUCAGGGCCCAGUCUGGCGGACGAGCUGCAGGGCGCGGACACGUCGCACGCCCUGGAUGAGCUCCUGGACGCCUUCCAGGACCGCGUGGCGCGGCUGAAGGCCUGCAGUGGUAGCGUCGUCAAGCUGCAGGGGGCCGAAAUCAACGUGCUAGAAAGCGUCGGCAAGGCCCACGACGAGAUGCUGGAGGCCAUGAAACGUGACCCCGCCACUGGCAAGUCCAGGGUGCUAGAGCGCUAUGGCGGGGACUGCGACCGCGUCGCGCGUAUGCGCUCCCUGCUGGAGUCCGUGGAGCUCACCGGCAAGCGGCAGGGCGACAGGAGGCUGGCGGAGGCGCUCAGCCGCUGCGAGACCAUCGAGGGGAUCCUGCGCGAGGCUGGCUUGGGCAAGGACUUGGACACCGCGCAGAUGGAGUUCUCGGGUGCGCUUCGAGCAGUGGUGUCAGAGGAGCCGCAGAAACCCCAGAGGGGCUGGCGGCGGCCCAACGGAGUGCCGCAGGCGGCCCAGUCCGCCGUGCGCGCGGGCCUCCGCAGGGCGCCGACGGUGAAUCAGGUCGGCUGCGCCGGGCCGCCGAGGGGCGCGGACCGGGGCGGCGGCGCGGGGCCGAAACACCAGGUAUCGGUAAGGACGACGGCGCUGAUAGAGCCGAAGCUAGACGUUGGGCUCCUGAACAAGCUCGUGCUCGGUCUGAACGAGGUGCACGUGGUACUCGAUAUGGAGGUGAACCCACCAUUGCCCAAGACGCGAAGGCCAUUGAUACAGCACCAGGAGCUCGGGCUGCCGGUGCCGGAUUUGCAGAGGGUGGUCUUCGACAAGUCCAAGAAGACGCCGCCGGGCGCCAGCGUGAGCGCCUGUGCCGAAAAGCUCGUCGACCUCGCGGAGGUACCCGCUGAGGCGGCAGUGGACACGUCCUUCGCCUCGGAGUCGCCGUGGUGGAACCAGAAGGUGUUGGUCGGCGGCAGCGAGACCCAACUCAACUGCUCGGCAGUCUUGCAGGGCCAGUUCGAGCUGGAGGAGCGACCAGCCUGCUUCACCAGCGCCCUGCGCAUGCGCGUGACGUGCCGGCUGGAGUGCUGGCUCAGCGGCCCCGGCAGCGCCCUGUUCGUGGAGGACGGCGAGCCGCGCGGGCCCAGCGGCCUCGCCACGGCGCGCUGAGCACCUGCGCCGCCGCGGGCGACGUCCCGCAGACAGCCGGCCCGCCGCAGCCGCGCGUGGUGCGCCGCGCCGCUGCGUCGGGCCGGGUCGCAGGUUUUUCAAGCGGCGCUCAUCGGCCGGAUGUACAGUAGCGCAGCCCCCCCCCCCCCUGUCGGCCGUUUCCUCAUCCUUGUCCUCCUCCUCCUCCUUCUCCUCAUCUUCCGCCCGCUCCUUCUCCCUCUUCCUCUCUCUAUCCCCCUCUCUCUCUCCUUUCUGAUUUCCGCUCCCGAAGGGAGACGAGUUCUCGGGCGCGCCAGCGUGGAGCAUACUCACAGCGAGGCUCUGCGCUCUCGACGUGCGGGGGAGCGAGAAGUAGCUGUGGCUGCGUGUGCUGCCGCCCACAUCGUGGUUCUCUGGAUCGCCUGGCCGCCGCACCCCAGCAGUUGUCGCACGAGGAAGCGUCUCUGCAUGAAGAAA